CGAACACAUUCGGUUUAAAAACCGCGGCGUGACGCAGCGGGCAGCGGGGCAUGGCGCCGUGCGCCGCGCCGGGCCUGGGCGCCGCCCGCCGGGGCCGCGGGCAGCCGCGGCGGUGACACAGCGGCCGCCGGGGAUGGACGGGGAGCGCUCCGCCGGCCGGGAGAGGGGCGCGGGGAGCCCGGCGGACUUCGUGGCUCUCCUCCCCCCGGAGGUCAGCUCGCGCAUUUUCGGUGACCUGGACGUCGAGAGCUUGUGCCAGGCGGCCGUGACGUGCAAGGGCUGGCAUCGCGUCAUCGAGGGCAACGACCGCUUGUGGAGACACCACUGCUUGAGCGUGAGGGCGGUCUGCCAGCGGGAGAUCGACUGCGAUCGAGGGAACGGCUAUUCCUGGAAGAUCACAUUGCUGAGAAACUACUGGAAAAGCAAAGUGAAGCAAGAAUGGCUGAGUGGGAAAUACAGCAACAUUCUUGCACAACACAGCUUGCCAGAGAAAAGCAUGUAUCCAAUGGAUGUUGAGACAUGGGGAGAAAUCCUGGAAGCAGAACUGGAGAGAUGAGAAACCAAGAACCUUCUAUCAACAACUCACAGACUGCCCAACUUGUCAAUAUUUUACCAUUGAAGAAUGAGUUUGUUUGCAAACGUAAGCUGAAGGCUUCUCAGAAAGUGAUGUCCUUUUCUUUAUUUGCACUUUAUCUUUUGCUGUACAAUUCUAAAUAUGACUAAAUUUUAAGUUGUAAUUUAAUAUUUUUUAAUGUAAUGUUCUGCUGUACUGUCAAAUGAUUGUACUUUCAGUUUGCACUUUUCAUUUUGGAAGAGAAGACUUUCU